GAUAGGAUUUUACAUUAUGAUGAUAACUUUAAAGAGAGAAAAAAAUGUCAUUUCAAAUACUUGAAUGUGAUUGUAAGGCACCGAAGAAAGCCACUUUAAGCCAUGGUGUCGUUCAUCGUCGUCGAACUGCAAAGUUUCCUCCAAGUCCUUGGGGAGAUUAUUUCCUUUCCUGUGAAUUCAGCAUUUUGAACAACACAAAAAAUGAGGAUGAUGAGAAUAAUGUGAAGAAAGAUGUUGAAAAGCUAAAAGAAGAUGUGAUAAGAAUGUUUCGGGCUGUUUCUGAGAAUUCUUCGCAAACGUUAAGUUUGAUCGAAUCAAUUCAACGUUUAGGUUUGACUGACCAUUUUGAAAAGGAAAUCAAUGAAUUCUUAAACAUGCCAAACUCUUUUAACCUUGAUGACAACGAAGAAGAUAUUUACUAUACUACCCUUAAAUUUCGAUUGCUUAGACAACAAGGUUACUCUAUUGGAUGUGAGAUAUUCAAUAAGUUCACAAAUGAAGAGGGAGAUUUCAAAGAAUCAAUUGUGAAGGGAAAAAGGGAAAUAAUGAGUUUGUAUGAAGCAUCACAUUGGAGAAUGAAUGGAGAGAUUAUAUUGGAUAAAGCUUUGGCAUUUACAACUACUAAGCUUCAAGAAAUGGCUAUGGAUGUUAGCUCUCCGUUUAGAGAUGAAGCUGCAUAUGCUUUGAAAUGGCCAAUCCUUAAGGCUUUGCCAACCCUUAUCACCAAACACAAUAUCUCUAUCUAUGAAAAGGAUCCACUGAAGAACAAUAUUUUGCUCAAGUUUGCAAAGUUGAAUUUCAAUGCCAUGCAAAAACUUUACCAGAAAGAACUACAUGAAAUUUCAAGGUGGUGGAAAGAUUCAAAAUGGAUGGAAGAACUAUCUUUUGCAAGAGAUAGGAUUGUGGAAAGCUACAUUUGGGCAUUGGGAAUAUGUCAUGAAUCUAAAUAUUCUCAUGGUAGAAUAAUAAUGGCCAAACUUGCUGCUCUUGUAACUGUUCUUGAUGACACAUAUGAUGCGUACGCUACACUUGAUGAACUUGAGCUAUUCACAAAUGCAAUUGAAAGAUGGGAUAUUAAUGAAACUUCGAAGCUCCCCAAGUACAUGAAAUAUUUUUAUGAAGUUAUCUUUAAAUAUUACGAGGAGAUAGAUAAUAGUAUCAACAAGGACAACAUUCAAUAUGCUAUUCACUAUGUAAAAGAAGCGAUGAAAAGGCAGUGUAGAGUUUAUUUUGAAGAAGCCAAAUGGUUUUACGAAGGUUAUGUGCCAACAAUGGAAGAGUACAUGAAAGUGGCAAUUGUGUCAACUUGUUAUCAUCUUUUUGUUCAAAUAUCAUUUGUUGGAAUGGGAGUUGCUGCUUCACAAGAGGCUUUUCAAUGGAUUGAGAGUGACCCAAUGCUUCUCAAAGCAAGUGGAAUAAUUGGGAGACUCAUAAAUGACAUAACUUCCCACCAGUUUGAACAACAGAGAGGUCAUAUUGCUUCCGCAGUAGAAUGCUACAUGAAACAAUAUGAAGUAUCAGAAGAAGUUGCUGUGAUUGAAUUACAAAAAGAAAUUGAAAAAGCAUGGAAAGAUGGAAUAGAAGAUUAUAUAAUGAAAUCGACAAAGUUUUCAAAUGCGAUUCUCAUGCGUGUGCUAAAUCUGGCUAGACUCUCAGACUUUUAUUAUAAGAAAGAAGAUGGUUAUACAUUCUCCCAUGGAGAAACCAAAGAUUUUGUUACCUAUAUGCUUAUAGACCCUUUGCCAUAAAUUGACAUCCAUUUAAGUAAAAGAAUGAUUGUAACAUGCAUAUGUACUUAUCAAGCAAAGGCUGUGUGUUAUGAUAAACUUCUCUUAUAUACACGUACGUAUACGUAUUUUAUUCAAUAAAAGUAAGUUGUUUGGGUUGUUUAAGUUUAA